UGGUUUGCUUUGAAGUAUGGCUGCCAAGCUGCAUUUAAAACAAAUAGCAGCAGAGAUGCAUCUGAAACAAACCCUCUCAACUGCAUUCAAAAACAAGCCGUUGAUGUAGUGACUGAUAUUAACAUGCUCAGGGUAUUCAAGACUUUUCUUGAGACCACACCACAACUUUUUGUCCAGAUUUAUAUCUUCAUGGAACAUGGCAAAAAUAAUUUCUAUCAAUAUGCUGCCAUUAUUAUGUCUUUUUGUGGUAUCACCUUUUCAGUCAUUGACUAUCAGGUAUCAUUACGAAAAUCUCUGCCUGAUAAAGAUGAAUUUCAUGUGCUUCCCAAGUUAGUGUAUCUCUUCUAUAAACUGCUUACCAUCACUUCUUGGAUACUCAGUAUUUCACUGAUCACUCUACUAAGUUUUAGAAGUUCUGUAAUUCUGCUGAUAUUUCUUUGGAUCUGUGGCUUCACCUGGACUUUGAAACAACAUACGACAUUUUGCAAAUCUAAGAAGAUGGAAUAUCUGUACAGAACUGUUGUUGGAAUAAUUCUAAUUUUUACCUUUUUUAACAUAAAGAGGAGGAAAACAAAAGUUUGCAUUUCUAUUUAUUAUGCUACUCAUACUGUUGUAACUCUAGGUAUUUUGUUUGUAUAUAUGUUCUGGAAACCUUCCAUUAUGAAGGAAAUACAUUUUACAAUUGUGACCAUCCUAACUAUUCUUAGUCUGGUGUUAGGUAUUAUUUUUCUUGUUGUUUAUUACAGGCGUUUUCAUCCCACUGCUUAUGGCAGACCACAAGCAUGUUCAGACGAAGUUGAUGGAGAGGCAGGACAAAAAGAUAGAGUGAAAAUUGGUAGAUUUCAAAAUUUCAUAAUGCAAUGA